AUGGAAAACGCAAGUGAAAAUUCAACGACGAUAUUAAACCACACCAGAAAUUUUUCUUAUGUGUUCUCCAUUCCAGAACCACCAAAGUAUAUCAUCAUCGUUGCAAGUGUAAUGUAUUCCUUCAUUUUCAUCGCUGGAUUCAUCGCCAACAUCUCAGUCGUUGUCGUCGUCUGCGCUGUUAAACGUGUAAGAUCCCGAAUGAGUUUUCUGUUUGCAAACUUAAGUGUGGCAGAUCUCCUUGUUCUCCUUGUUUGCAUGCCGUCGGCCGCCAUCGAUCUUUUUGCGAAAGAAGUUUGGUAUCUUGGAGAAUUCAUGUGUAAGUUUGUGCCAUUUGUGGAACACCUGGUGUCACUGGCGUCAGUCCUUACGAUUCUGGUGAUUACUUACGACAGAUAUAGAGGGGUCUGUUAUCCCAUGAGUUCGGGCUGUUUCUGGUCAAAUCUCAGGGUGCCAACCGUUGUCUUUUUAGUUUGGAUAUUAGCUGGUGCUGCUAGUCUACCCAUAACAUUCAUCGCCAUUUAUCGAGACUCAAAAUUCUUCGACGGAACACCCAUAAAAGUUUGCAGAAUGCCAAUCAACAGUCCAUGGAAAACUGCUUAUAUUCUGGGUAUCUUUAUAUUCUUUUUUAUCGUAAUUUUGAUGAUUUUGUGUUAUUUUAUUUUCCGGAUGUGUAAGAAACUCUUAUGGCAUGCGCAGUUCCUAGAGGACCGGGCGGAGCAGGAUUCUGAGAAGACAGUAUCGGGAAGGCGUAGAAUCGUGUUCAUGUUAAUUAUUGUCAUUGUCACAUUCUUCUUGUGCCUUCUUCCUCAGAGAAUUGUGGGAAUUUGGAUCAUUGUUGCAGACCACAGAGAGCUACAAUCUUUAGGACUAGAAGGUUAUCUAAACCUGAUUACCUUUCCUCGAGUCCUCAUGUACAUCAGCAGUGCAUCAAAUCCCAUUAUCUAUAACGUCAUGUCUGCUAAAUUCAAGACGGCUCUGACAGACAUAUUUUGCCAUUGUAAGAGGAGUUGCACGGAAUUUCACUCCCCAUUACCAAGAUUAAGAGAUCGGACGAGUAGCUUCCAUUUGUCCCGACUAUCUUUAAGUUCGCGAGGUACACACUGGUCCCCCCGGUCCCGACAUUCCACGGGAGAAUCCUCUCAUCCGGAAUCGAGGGUCAUGUUCAAAAGAGACAAAUCAAUUGAAAGUGCUUUGUAG